AUGGCUGGGAGACAUGAUAGAUGCUUAUCUAACAAACGCAUCCUGCUUUUGGAAGGCAGUCCAAAGAAAGAGUGGCAGCUUACUCCACAUUACAGCAAUCGCGUUUCUGCUUUGAAUGGAGGUACUAAAUCUCUGCUAGAAUCAAUUGGUGCUUGGGAAAAUAUAUAUAAAACAAGAUGUAAGGCUGUGAAGAAAAUGCAAGUUUGGGAUGCUCUGUCAGAUGCAAUGAUAACAUUCAACAAUGAUGGGAUGGCAGAAGAGAUUGCAUACAUAGUUGAAAAUGACCUUUUAGUAGACUCAGUUAGUAAAUGUCUGGAAGAAAGAACCUCCAAUGUUGAAGUCAUCUAUGAAGCAAAAGUUAAAAAUUGCAAAUUACCAUCAAGUGAUGUUUUAUCUGGUGCACAUGACCUUGCACAGAUUGAAAUGGAAGAUGGUACUUCUUACAGCUGCAGAUUACUGGCUGGUCAUUAUGACAAUGCAUUGUAG